AAAGAAAGCACCUGUGUAUAAAAGGGCCAUACGCAGCCACAACAAGUCACCUAAUACCUAAUACCUCUUGAGCAGCACUACAAACAACAAAUAAUGAGCAAUAAGGUUCUUGUCCUUGGAAUAUUCGCACUAAUUGUGAGCUGCAACUGCGGCCCAAUUGCCACCGACGCACCCGUUAUUAAGGGUGCAGCAUCUAGUCUGCCACCUACAACCGCCAAGCAAGCGACUGUCACAAAUAAUGCAACUCAAACCACCACCAAGCCGGCAGCAGCUCCCGGGGCACCUCCAGCAAUCAAGCCCAGCCCUGUACCUGUCGCUUCUUCCACUGCCAAGCCUCCGACUACAAAUGCAACCCCUGUGAAAUCCCAAAUGCAGGCAAACUCCAAUACUGCCAAGCCCUCUUCCCUUGCUCAAACAAACUCCAACAUGAAGCAUUAGUCGUUGCAAUUAAAAAAUUGCACAUAUUAAUAAAAUGCAUGUAGUAUUGAAAAUAAUUCUGACAGAAAUAUAAUUUAUUAUUUCUUCUGUAGUUAAAAAGAAUAAAAAGAAGACAAAGAUCUCUGUGAAUUUAUUCACCAA